AUGCCACCUUCAACGCGCAUACCACCGCUAUUGCAACCCUACGUCCAACUUCCACACGACGAGUCGCUCCUUCUACUCACGAGCACUCUUGGCGCUAGUGCAAACUGGCUGCUCAUCCGCUUCCUGUGCAAUGAAUUGAGUAGCAACACACAAGAUGGCGGGGAAGAGGGGCACAACGUCAUCCUGGUUUCAUGGAUGAGGGAGUAUGAAUUUUGGAAGCAGGAGGCUAGGAAGAGUGCGGGACUGGAUAUGGAGAGGUUGAAGAAGGAGGGUCGGUUCGCGUUUGUGGAUGGGUUGGGGGCUGGGGCCGACGCGACAGGAGAUGAGUCGCGGAGUAAUGCGCAAAUACAACCACACGUCGCUGUAUCGAAUGGACCACAAGCGCAGAGAGGGCCGCAGGUAUUGCCUGCAAGAGGACCGCCGGGAAGGAUAAUACCUGCGAGAGGGCCGCCUGUGCCAGCUUCAGCAGCGACACCAACACCCUCAACAGCGCCAAACAACGAGCCGACGAGUGCGAAAAAGACCACACCAGGUCACUACACACUCAAGACACUCGAAAUCGCAGACGUCAAAACCACCAUCUCCAGCGCCAUAUCCUCACUCACUACAUCCACCACCCCACGCAAAACGCUCCUCAUCUUCGACAACCCCGACCUCCUCCUCGCCCUCAACCCAACCAUAACCCCCUCGAACUUCACCUCGCUCCUCCUCGAGCUACACACGCUCCCUACCAUAUCUCACAUCCUAACGCACAUGCAAGCCGACAACCCGCUCCUCAGCCUGUCUACACCACCGCAGCCGCUCGAGAUAACGCAUCACAACCUCGUCAUCAAGUGUGCGCACAUGAGCAGGAGGAUCCUGGGCGUGCGCGUGCUAGAUACAGGUGUUGCGAGGGAUGUUAGCGGUGUCGUGCGUGUCACGGAGCAGAGGAGUCAUUUCAUCGGCGCACGGCCUGGCAAGAAAGACGGUGGUGAUGAUGGGAAUGGGGGGGAGUUUUUGUAUCAGGUUAAAGGUGAUGGGAGUGUUAAAGUGUUUGAACGGGGGGCUGGGGGGGAGGCGUAG